CUAACUAUAUACCCAGCAUGCCUCACAGAGCCGAGAGAGAGAGAGAAGACAACCUCAAGGAGCAUUUCCAGCUCUGAACAGACCCAGCAGGAGCGCUGAGAGGCGGCAGUGGACCCGGCUCUGCUGAGUUUAAACAUUUACACACGGAUGAAGAGUUUUUACCCUUCAGAUCAGUUUCAGAAGUUCUGAAGAGUCGCGAUGAGAGAGGCGCCGGUGCUCUACUCGAAGUAUGCUCGGGUUUGGAUUCCUGACCCUGUGGAUGUGUGGAAAUCAGCAGAGCUGACCAAAGACUACACGCCUGGAGACACUGCCCUAAAGCUAGAGCUUGAAGAUGGCACAGAGUUGGAGUAUAAAUUGGACCCCAAAAACAGCACCCUACCCCCCCUUCGUAACCCAGAUAUUCUGGUGGGAGAGAACGACCUAACCGCACUGAGCUACCUACAUGAACCUGCAGUGCUGCACAACCUGAGCGUCAGAUUCAUCGACUCUAAGCUUAUCUACACCUACUGUGGUAUCAUCUUGGUGGCCAUCAAUCCUUAUGAGUCACUCCCAAUCUAUGGAGCAGAUAUCAUCAAUGCAUACAGUGGGCAGAACAUGGGGGACAUGGAUCCUCAUAUUUUCGCUGUGGCUGAGGAAGCGUAUAAACAGAUGGCGAGAGAUGAGAGGAAUCAGUCCAUCAUCGUGAGUGGGGAAUCAGGAGCUGGGAAAACUGUGUCUGCUAAAUACACCAUGCGCUAUUUUGCUACUGUCAGUGGUUCCUCCACGGAAACCAGUGUGGAGGAAAAAGUGUUGGCCUCUAGUCCCAUAAUGGAGGCUAUUGGGAAUGCCAAGACGACCAGGAAUGACAACAGCAGUCGCUUUGGAAAAUACAUAGAGAUUGGAUUUGAUAAGAACUAUUACAUAAUUGGAGCCAACAUGAGGACAUACCUGCUGGAGAAGUCUAGAGUGGUGUUUCAGGCAAAUGAAGAGCGCAACUACCACAUCUUCUACCAGCUCUGUGCAUCUGCCCAUUUACCUGAAUUUAAAGCCCUGCAGUUAGGCAGAGCGGAUGACUUUCACUGCACUAACCAAGGCGGAAACCCUGUCAUAGACGGAGUGGAUGACGUACAGGAAAUGCAGGCAACCCAGAGGGCUUUCUCGCUUCUUGGAAUCAGUGAGAAACAGCAGAUGGAUUUGUUUCAGAUCCUUGCAGCCAUUCUUCACCUGGGCAAUGUGGAAGUGAUGGGAAAAGGCUCGGGAAACUCCAGUGUUUCUGCUCAAAAUCACCACCUGACUGUGUUCUGUGAGCUGCUGAUGGUAUCUCAGGAGGACAUAGCGCACUGGUUAUGUCAUAAAAAGCUCAAGACUGCUACAGAAACCUUCAACAAACCUCUGGCCAAAACAGAGGCUGUUGAUGGUCGGGAUGCAUUAGCUAAACACAUUUAUGCUAGGCUUUUCACAUGGAUAGUGAGUCAGAUCAACAAGGCUCUGCUUUCAUCCAGCAAGCAGCAUUCCUUUAUUGGGGUGCUAGACAUCUAUGGGUUUGAAACAUUUGAAAUCAACAGUUUUGAGCAGUUUUGCAUUAACUAUGCCAAUGAGAAACUCCAGCAACAGUUUAACAUGCACGUGUUCAAACUGGAGCAAGAGGAGUACUUGAAAGAGCAGAUCCCAUGGACCCUGAUUGAUUUCUAUGACAACCAGCCAUGCAUUAAUCUCAUCGAGGCUAAGAUGGGAAUUUUGGAUCUGCUUGAUGAGGAGUGUAUGAUGCCUAAAGGAUCAGAUGACUCGUGGGCACAGAAGCUUUAUAACACACACCUCAAGAAAAGUGCUCACUUUGACAAACCACGCAUGUCUAACAAGGCCUUCAUCAUGCAUCAUUUUGCUGAUCGGGUGGAGUAUCAGUGUGAGGGGUUUCUGGAGAAAAACAAAGACACUGUGAAUGAGGAACAGAUCAAUGUGCUGAAGUCGAGUAAGUUUGCCUUACUGCUGGAGCUUUUCCAAGAAGAGGACAAACCUCCAGGUCCUACAGCCACAGCGGUGCCUAGUCGCUUCAAGGUUGGGCGCAGCCAGUCCCUCAGAGAGCACAAAAAAUCUGUUGGACUGCAGUUCCGGAACUCUCUGAACUUGCUGAUGGACACCCUGAAUGCUACAACUCCUCACUAUGUGCGAUGCAUUAAACCCAAUGACCACAAAUCUCCUUUUCUGAUGGAUCCAAGAAGAGCAGCACAGCAGUUGAGAGCAUGUGGAGUUCUGGAGACAAUCCGGAUUUCAGCAGCAGGCUUCCCAUCCAGGUGGACAUAUCAGGAGUUUUUCAUCCGCUACAGAGUGCUGAUGAAACAGAAGGAUGUCCUCUCCGAUGGAAAACUAACAUGCCAGAAUGUUCUCCAGCAGCUCAUACAGGACCCAGAGAAGUACAAGUUUGGGAAGACCAAGAUCUUCUUCAGGGCUGGACAAGUGGCAUACUUGGAGAAACUGCGGGCUGAUAAACUCCGUGCAGCUUGUGUCCAGAUUCAGAAGACCAUCCGCUGCUACGUAGCCCGCAAAAAAUACCUGCGUCUGCGCUGGUCCACCAUUACUAUCCAGAGAUAUGUGAGAGGACAGCAGGCCCGAGCCUUGUGCAAGUCCCUGAGGAGAACAAAGGCAGCUGUGGUCAUUCAGAAGUACCAGCGUAUGUGUGCAGCCAGACGAUUGUACCAGCGGAAGCAGUUGGCAGCUGCGCUACUUCAGCGGCUGCUUCGUGGCUAUGCGGCCAGACUGCAGUAUAAACAGCUGCGGUAUGAGCAGAAGGUUGUGGUGGUGCAGCGCUGGGUGCGUGGCUGGCUGGUUCGAGUGCAGUAUAGAAGAACCAUGCAGGCUGUGGUGUAUCUGCAGUGCUGUGUACGGAGGAUGCUGGCACGGCGAGAGCUAAAGAAACUCAAGAUUGAAGCGCGGUCAGUCGAGCACUACAAGAAACUCAAUGUCGGCAUGGAGAACAAAAUCAUGCAGCUCCAGAGGAAAGUGGACGAGCAGAAUAAGGAGAACAAGGAGCUGUUGGAACGGAUAAGUGUUAUAGAAAGCAGUAGUGUGGCUGAGCUGAAGAAGUUGCGCCCUCAGAUAGAGGCUCUGCGAGGAGUGGAGGAAGAUGCCCGACGUCUUAAUGAUAAGGUGUCCACGCUAGAAGAGGAGCUCCAAGUUACUUGUGAGGAAUUGGAAAAGAACAGAAAGAUGGUUGAAGAAUUAAAUGAGAAGAACAGUCUCCUGAAGAGUGAAAAAGAUGAGCUGAACACCAUGAUUAAGGAACAGGGCCAGCAGAUAACUGAUAAUCUGCAGAAAGCCCAUCAGGAGCACGUGGAGCUUCUGCAGACAGAGCUAUAUGAAGAGCGCAGUCGCUACCAGAACCUUCUAACUGAACACCUCAAACUAGAAGAGCAGCAUGCUGAUCUGAAAUCAGAGAUGAAUGAAGCAACGCAUGUGUCCAAACUUGGUCGCUUAGGAACGGACUCUGCUUACAGCAGCAAUGAGUCAGAAUAUACCCGCUGCUCUGAGUUCACAGGGUCGGAGGUCAGCUUACAGGGUCAGGAGAUGGAACUGCAGGGUGGUGUGGAUGUGGCUCUCCUGUUAAAGCUGCAAAGACGAGUAGCUGAGUUGGAGCAGGAAAAGCUAAACUUGCAGAGCGAGUGGGACUCCAGAGAGGAUCUCCUCCAACAGCACCAUGCUAAGGAACUAGAAGAGUGUCGUAGAACAGUAGGUGGUGAGAGAGACUAUGAGGCACAGAAGCGGCAAGAGCUGGAGUCAGACAAUAAAAGACUAAAGAAGGACCUGAAUGAGCUGCGUGCGUCUCUGAGUGUGAAGAAAGGUUCAGGACGGGCUUCCCCUGGAUCCUCGGCCUACAAUGUUCUCCUGGAGCAGUUGAGCUCCGUCACUGAAGAACUGGAGGUGCGCAAGGAGGAGGUGCUCCUUUUACGCACUCAGCUGGUCAGCCUAGAGGCCUUCAAAUAUAAGGAAGCGGCAUCUGAAGGCGACUCUGGUGACACCAGCAGGUCCCCCAAUCUGGAUCUACAUGAACUGAAUGAGGAUGGAGAGCUGUGGAUAGUAUAUGAGGGCUUAAAAGAAACUAAUAGGCUGUUGGAGUCUCAGUUGCAGAGUGAGAGGGAGCAUCAGGCUCAGGAGCUACAAGCCCUGAAAGCAGAGCUACAGACUCUAAAGGAGGAGAGAGACCAGCAGCAGCAGCUUCUCUCACACACAUUGCAGCUGCCCAAGGAUGGCCGUGUGCACACUGCCCUCCAGCUCGAGAUCAGCCGUCUCACCCGCCAUAAUGUGGACCUGUUGGAGCAGAUGGAUAAGCAGGACAAGACCAUUCGCAAGCUGAAGAAACAGCUAAAGAUUUACAUGAAGAAGGCUGAAGAGACAGACUCAGAUGUCCAUAUAGAUGAGCCUAUUCCAGAGAACAGAGUGAUUGAAGCAAUGCCAGAAAUCAGUAUCUUACGUAAGGAGCGACACUGCCGUGGAAUGCUGGAGUAUGGAAACGAUGAUGAGAGCAAGCUGGUGAAGAUCCUUAUUACAGAACUGAAGCCUAGAGGGGUUGCUGUAAGCAUGAUCCCAUGCCUGCCAGCGUACAUUCUCUUCAUGUGCCUGCGCCACGCUGACUUCACCAACAACGACCAGAGAGUCUGCACACUGCUCAACUGCUCCAUCAACUGCAUCAAAAGUGUGCUAAAGAAAAAAGGUGAUGACUUUGAAACGGUUUCAUUUUGGCUGGCCAACACUUGCCGUCUCCUGCAUUGCCUGAAACAGUACAGUGGAGAAGAGGACUACACUAAGCACAACACUGCCCAGCAGAAUGAGCAGUGCCUGCUCAACUUUGACUUGACUGAGUACAGACAAGUUCUGAGUGACUUGAUUAUCCAGAUCUACCAGCAGCUCAUCAAGUGCAUGGAAAACAUCCUCCAACCUAUGAUUGUGGCGGGUAUGUUGGAGCAGGACACCAUCCCAGUGUUGCUGGGUCCAAAGCCCACAGGGCUGAGAAAGCGUACCUCCAGUUUUCCUCAGGACAGCUCCUUUUCAUUGGAAUCUCUUCUAAAACAGCUCAGCUCAUUCCACUCCACUCUACUUCAACAUGGCAACGAUCCGGAUCUCAUCAGACAGGUGGUCAAACAGCAAUUUUACUUCAUCGGCGCUGUCACAUUAAACAGUCUGCUUCUGCGCAAGGACAUGUGCUCUUGGAAUAAAGGACUGCAGAUCAGGUAUAAUGUAAGUCAGCUGGAAGAGUGGCUGAUGGAUGCAGGUAUUCAGGGCGGAGGGAUGCGGGAGAUGCUUGAGCCGCUCAUUCAGGCUACUAAACUGCUGCAGGUCAAUAAAAAGACUGAGGAAGAUGCAGAAGCCAUCGCCACCAUGUGUACGGCUCUUACAGCUGCACAGAUUGUAAAAAUACUCAACCUUUACACACCCAUCAAUGAGUUUGAGGAGAGAGUGUCUGUCUCUUGCAUGAAAGCCGUACAGGCCUUGUUAAAGAACCGACAGGAGUCUCCUCAGUUACUGAUGGACAGUAAAAUAGUCUUCCCCAUCACUUUCCCCUUUAACCCCUCUCCUGUGGCCCUGGAGAGCAUUCAGAUACCAGCCAGCCUCAACCUCAGCUUCCUCACAAGCCAUUAGACAGUCACAGCUGGGAUGUGAUCUGUGAACAUUGUGUCAUAUCUUUUUCAAGCCAAAUUAGAUAUUCUGCUGCACUAAAUCUAACCAAAGAAAUGAGCACUUUUAGCAGUUUAACAUGCUAAAUUUCUUAGCCUACAUACAUGUUCACCUUUAAUGCAGUAGAUGAGGAGCUGGUUAAUUAGUUGGCGAGUUAAUUUGAUUGAGUGAGUGCACGGAAACAUGAAUAAUGUUUGAGCUGCUCCUGGUCUGGGUUUGGGAAUCUCACUUCUGACACACUUGUUACUUGUAUUGUUUAAUACGUUUGUCACACAUUUGUUCAUUUAUGGUUAGCACUAAUGGGAACUUUCUCCUUAAGAGAAAUCAUGUUGCCUUAUUGAUAACAGAGGUGGGUGCAGGGUGGGUACUGUGUGUUUGGAAAUGUUAUAUUUAUAUAGAACUGACUUUUGUAAGUUGGUCAGUGGACUGUUGCUGUUGUCACUGUGUCUAUUAAGUGUGAAAUGUAUCUUUGCUCCAUAUAUUUAAAACUGUGUAUUAUGUCUGCUGUGUUAAGUUAACUUGUAGUUUUAAUAUAAUAAAUAAUAAAUUCUUUUGUUUACCUUUAUGUCCAAAAACCAACAAAACAAAGUGAAAUAUAAGCACUUGGAUUAUUUAGGUAUUCAUACUAUUAAAAUGAAUGUGUAUUUAAUAUUAAAUUAAUGUACAAUUUUCCACAAUAUAUCUGUACAUGUGCAAGUAUGAAUGCUCAGAAAAAGAACAGCAAACCUUAAAAUAUGUAUUAUUUUUUAAUGUUUUCUUCUCCAACAAAAAAAAGUUUUCUUUGUGUAACAUUAAAAGUUAAAAAAUAAAGGUAUUUUUUGACUUGUUCUA